ACAUUUGGAUUGCUUAACUCCCAUCAGAUGCAGCAGCUGUCCCACCUUCACGUGGUCAGUAAGAAUCUGUACAGUCAGGAUGGGGGACGCAAGCCUGUUCCCUACGGGGCGCUCGACCACAAAAUGGGAACCAGUGACAAGGACAGUGCCUGUGAGACUUGUGGGAAGGGAUUGGCUGACUGCACUGGUCACUAUGGAUACAUUGAUUUAGAACUGCCAUGUUUUCACAUUGGAUAUUUCAGAGCUACCAUUCAACUUCUCCAGAUGAUUUGCAAGACUUGCAGUGAAGUUCUUUUGAGUCCUGAUCAGAAAAAAUCAUUUCUGGAAAACACCAAGAAACCUCUGACAUACCUACAAAGAAAAGUGCUGAAGAAAAAAAUAUACGACAAAUGUAGGAAGAUGGCAGUGUGUGCUUCUUGUGGUGCAUUUAAUGGUAUGGUGAAGAAGUGUGGUUUGUUGAAAAUCAUCCAUGACAAAUACAAACAAAGAAAAGGCACUGACCCAGUCAUUGAGGAAUUCAUGGGGUCAUUUGAGUCAGCCCUGGAAAACAAUAAAGACUUAGAACCAUUACUUAGUAAAACACAGGAGGUCUUGAAUCCAAUCAGAGUUCAGAAACUCUUUCAGUUAAUCCCUGAAGAGGAGAUUCCUCUUUUGAUGAUGAAUCCAGAAGUAGGCAGUCCUAAGGAUCUGAUUCUGACCAGAAUUCUAGUUCCACCCAUCUGUAUCCGCCCCUCUGUUGUCUCAGAUCUCAAAGCAGGAACUAAUGAAGAUGACAUCACUAUGAAGAUGACUGAGAUCAUGUUUUUGAAUGAUGUCAUCCAGAAACACAAAGCCACAGGAGCAAAAAUAUCAAUGAUUAUGGAAGACUGGGAUUACCUCCAGCUACAGGUGGCGCUACUGUACAACAGUGAGACCUCGGGGAUUCCCCUUCAUAUGCAGCCAAAGAAGAUGACCAGAGGUUUUGUGCAAAGACUGAAAGGUAAACAAGGUCGUUUCAGAGGUAACCUUUCUGGAAAGAGAGUUGAUUUUUCAGGAAGAACUGUCAUCUCCCCUGACCCCAACAUGAGAAUAGACCAGGUCGCUGUUCCUGUACAUGUUGCUAAAGUCCUGACCUACCCUGAACGGGUCACCAAAGCCAACAUCAAACUGAUGAGGAAACUGGUGAAGAACGGUUGUGAUACUCAUCCUGGGGCAAACUUCAUCCAACAGAGGGAUAACAAUAUAAAAAGGUAUUUGAGGUAUGGUAACAGAGAGAAAAUUGCCAAGGAGCUCAAGUUUGGGGACAUUGUUGAGCGUCACCUGAUAGAUAAUGACAUUGUCCUGUUUAACCGACAGCCAUCUCUUCAUAAACUCAGUAUUCAAGCAUUCUAUGCCAAAGUUAUGCCUCACCGAACUUUCCGGUUCAAUGAAUGUUGUUGUAACCCUUUCAAUGCUGACUUUGAUGGAGAUGAAAUGAAUCUUCAUUUACCACAGACAGAGGAAGCCAAGGCAGAGGCAAUCACGUUAAUGGGGUCAAAAUCAAAUAUCAUUACUCCAAGGAAUGGAGAACCUUUGAUUGCUGCUAUCCAAGACUUCAUCACUGGUGGCUAUCUCAUCACACAGAAGGAUGUGUUUGUGGAUAGAGCCAGGGCCUGUCAGUUGAUAUCAGCCAUGUUGUCAAACCGAGAAACCAACCUCAAGAUUGACCUUCCCCCUCCUGCCAUUAUCAAACCCAUGAAACUAUGGACAGGGAAGCAGAUUUUUAGUGUUCUUCUGAGGCCCAACAAAGACUCUCCUGUCAGAGCAAACCUGAGGACAAAGGGAAAGAACUACUCCAAAGGGGAAGAUCUGUGUGUGAAUGAUUCUUUUGUGGUGAUUAGGAACAGUGAGCUGUUGUGUGGUUCUAUGGACAAAGGCACUCUUGGUGGUGGAUCUAAGAGUAACAUUUUCUAUGUGAUCCUGAGGGACUUUGGGGAGCAGGAGGCAGCAGAUGCUCUCUCCAGACUGGCCAGACUUUGUCCUGCUUAUCUUAGUCAUAGAGGCUUCUCCAUUGGAAUAGGGGAUGUAACUCCUGGGGCCGGAUUGAUCAAAGCUAAGAAUAAUCUUCUGGAAGACGGGUACAGAAAGUGUGACGGGUUCAUCAGAGAUCUAGACGAGGGAAAACUUCAGACUCAGCCAGGCUGUACUGAAGAAGAAACAUUAGAGGCUAUGAUUCUGAGAGAACUGUCUGUUAUCAGAGACCAUGCUGGAAAAGCCUGUCUUAGAGAAUUACACAAAAGUAACAGUCCCCUAAACAUGGCCAUCUGUGGAUCUAAAGGUUCCUUCAUCAACAUUUCUCAGAUGAUUGCUUGCGUAGGACAGCAGGCUAUUAGUGGAAAGAGAACACCCAAUGGAUUCGAGGACAGGGCUCUGCCUCAUUUUGAAAAAUUCUCCAAGGACCCUGCAGCUCGAGGAUUUGUGGAGAACAGUUUUUACAGCGGACUGACCCCCACAGAGUUCUUUUUCCACACGAUGGCCGGCAGAGAGGGGCUGGUGGACACUGCAGUCAAAACCGCAGAAACAGGAUACAUGCAGCGGCGACUUGUCAAAUCUUUGGAGGAUCUUUGUUCUCACUAUGACCUGACAGUCAGAAGCUCCACCAAUGACAUUGUACAGUUCGUGUAUGGUGGAGACAGUCUAGACCCGGCCUCCAUGGAGGGCAAGGACCAACCAAUUGACUUCAAGAAAGUCUAUGAUCACGUCAAGGCUAACACCAGGAGCAGUUUCCGAGAUGAACCUUCUCUGUCUGGGACUGAGCUACAAACACUGGUCAACACCAUGUUGCAAGAAGACAUAUACAAAAGCUGCAGUGAGGAUUUUAAAGAUGAUAUGAUAAAAUUCAUAGAAACAGUGGGUUCAGACAUUGACUUGACAAGAGAAAGGUUUGGAAUAGUUGAUGCACAGCAAGAUAAAUUACCUCCAGUUUUGUUUGAGCUGAACAGAGUGACACCAUCUCAAGUGAAACAUUUCCUGAAUGUGUGCAGGGAUAAAUUCAUGAAGGCACAGAUAGAACCAGGAACAGCAGUGGGUGCUGUCUGUGCACAGAGUAUAGGAGAGCCAGGAACUCAGAUGACUCUGAAAACUUUCCAUUUUGCUGGGGUGGCUUCCAUGAACAUCACCCAGGGAGUACCAAGAAUCAAAGAAAUUAUCAAUGCCUCAAAGAACAUAAGUACCCCCAUCAUAACAGCAGAACUUAUGGUGAAUAAUGACCCAGAGUUUGCUAGAGUGGUCAAAGGGAGGAUCGAGAAAACCACUCUAGGGGAGGUGUCAGAAUACAUAGAGGAGGUUUUCAUACCAGAUGACUGCUUUAUUCUUGUGAAGCUAGAUUUGGAUAGGAUAAGACUGCUCAAGUUGGAGGUGAAUGUUGAGAGCAUUAAAGAAUCCAUAUGUACAAGUAAACUGAGGGUCAAGCCUCAGGAUGUACAAAUUCAUAGCUCAGCUAUAAUCAGUGUGAGGCCAAGAGAAACAUCUAAGAGUUCACUGUACUACAUACUUCAGAUGUUAAAGAAAGAACUGCCCUCUGUCAUGAUCAAGGGAAUUCAGAACGUGACAAGAGCAGUGAUACAUAUUGAUGAGAAAAAGGGAGACACCUAUAAACUCCUAGUAGAGGGAGACAAUUUACGAGCUGUCAUGGCAACACCAGGAAUUAAGGGGACACAUGCCUCUUCAAAUAAUACCUUUGCCAUGGAGAAGACAUUGGGUAUUGAGGCAGCACGUACAACAAUUAUGAAUGAAGUCAACUAUACAAUGUCUAGUCACGGAAUGAGUAUCGACAUCCGUCACGUCAUGUUACUUGCAGAUUUGAUGACAUUCAAGGGUGAAGUUCUUGGCAUCACUCGCUUUGGAUUGGCAAAAAUGAAGGAAAGUGUUCUCAUGUUGGCUUCAUUUGAGAAAACAGCUGACCAUUUGUUUGAGGCAGCUUACCAUGGACAAAGAGAUGCCAUCAAUGGCUAUUAG